AUGGCGACUGUACACGUUCUAGAUAACUAUUAUCUGGCGAUCACGCUGCUGGUCACUGUCGGCUAUCAAUUGCUAUUCUUUGCGAUAGCCUUUUCCUUCAAGUUCGAUAAAUUAACAGACUUCGCAGGCGGCACCAACUUCGUCGUCCUGGCCAUUCUCACCCUCGCUCUGAGCGGACACCACCAUGCGCGCCAGGUGGUCGCGUCGCUGUUCAUCAUGGCCUGGGGCUUAAGGCUGUCGGGCUUCCUGCUCUUCCGUAUCCUCAAGACCGGCAAAGAUGACCGCUUCGAUGACAAGCGCGACAAGUUCUUCCCCUUCCUGGGCUUCUGGGUCUUCCAGAUGCUCUGGGUCUGGGCCGUCUCUCUACCCGUCACUGUGCUCAAUUCGCCAGCGGUCACGCGCUAUCCGCAGCCAGACUUUGGCACGGGGCGCGACAUCGCCGGCGUGGUGUUGUUCGCAAUCGGCUUCAUCAUGGAGAGCGUCAGCGAUGUCCAGAAGUACCGCUUCCGGUCGAGGAAUGACAAGAGCGCCAUUUGCGACAAGGGCUUCUUCGCAUGGUCGCGGCACCCGAACUACUUUGGCGAGAUCAUCAUCCAAUUUUCCAUUUUCAUGAUUGCAGUAUCUCCGGCGGCCGAUGGACAUGUCCGGGGACAGGCCUACAAAGCUCUGUACGCCACAAUUCUGGGCCCGGCUUUCCUGACCAUUCUGCUCAUGUUUGUGUCGGGGCUGCCACUUCAGGAGCGCCCUGGCGCCAAGAAGCGCUAUGAGAACAACAGUAACUGGGAGGGCUACCAGCGGUAUCUCAACCGCACCAGCAUCCUCAUCCCCUUCCCGCCGCAGAUUUACGAAAGGCUCCCGACGUUUCUGAAGCGAACAGUAUUUCUAGAGCUCCCAAUGUACGUGUUUGACCCGGCCAAGCACUCCGACGUCGCAAAUGCGCAGCACGCCUCCGAGGACGGGAGGAGAAAGCCGUCUCCAGCCGACGACAGGCGAAGCGGAGAGGAGGGUCUAGUACAGAGCUCGUGA